GGACCGGGGAGCUGCCCCGGGCCGCGCUGGCCGGCCCGGGGGUGGCGGGUGCCCCUGGCUGGGGUGCUGCUAGCUCGGGUGGGUGCUGCUGGCUCGGGUGGGUACUCUCCCCUCGUGCCAGCAGCCGGGCUGCGGCAGCGUGUGGCCCCUCCAGCCCUGCGUGCCCAGCUGGGUGCUCGCCGUGCGCCGCCGGCUCCGGCUCCGUCCCAUGGCGCCCACGCUGCCCUGGGAGCACUUCGGGCACCUCGGCAGCGUGGAGCAGCUGUGGGGUACAGCGGGAGCCGCCCGUCUGCUCCCCACAUAGCGUCCGGUGGGAUGUUGGUCUCUUAAGCCAGGUCUGCGCAGCCAGCGGUAACCCGGGGUGGUCAGCCACCCGGCCUGCAUGCAGCUGGUGGUAGCUGGCAUUGCCUGGACAUCUUGUUGCAGGGGAGCACCUGGCCCUGUAGAAACAGUGCAGGUAUAUGGGGCCUGGAGUGGUCUGGCACCAUGAGCUUGGGGCGGUAGCACUGGUGAAGGGUGGCACGGGUGGUUGCACACAGAGAGCAGAAGCUCCAGGCUGCAGCACUGCGCCUUCCCCCGGUGCUCCUCUGAGAACAUCUGCUCUGCUUGCGCCAGCCUGAGAAAAGAAACUCACGAGAGUUCCCUGUUUGUUCUAACUCCAGCAAAUCCCAAUCCCUCUGUGUCGCUGCCAGCCUGACACUGGUGCCUUGUACUUUAACAGAGAUGGACUGGAGGUGCUUCCUCCAGUGGCCUUGCCAGGGGAGGGAGGCUUGGCUCACCCUCAACAGCUUCUGAGAGGUGGCUGCUGCUCAUGUGCUGACCCUUUUGCUGAUCCUGAGCGGUGACUCAGCUGAUCCCGUCCUUGACACAAUUUGGCCUGAGUUCAAACACCUCACUGCCACCAUUCCUGGCAUUUGAAGUACUCCCCCCGUCUCUGUCCUUUCACAUCUCGUUCUCCUUGCCAUAGUACCUAGGAAGCCUCUAAUAUCAUAAGCAUUAACAUCUGUUUUGAGGUUUGUCAUGUUUCAAUAACUUUCAGUUUCUUCUGAGAAGGCUUGCUCCCCCCAUGCCUCUGCCAUUCUCUCCUUUGCUUCCAUUGCAAUUCUAUCUUUUCCUCUGCAAAAGGCCUGAGAAUGUUUGUCGAUAGAGAAUUUGCUGGUUUGCAGAUGCUUUGCCAAAUACAGCCUCUGUACCGUGCUACGAGACGUCACCAUCAUCCCCCUCAUCUUGACUCACUCCUCUGGCUGCAAGUCGUUCUGGGCAUUGUGUCUAAAUGUGUCCUGCUUGUUGGCGAGGUCCUCCAUAGCACCGAUAAUGCCCACACUUCCAAGUUGGCUGCUUCUGCUGUUCUGUUCUUGAAAUCCUCUGCUCUGCCAAGGCCAAAGGUUUCAGUUCUCUCUCCAGCUGCUCUGCUUAGGAUUAGAAGGACGUUAAAAACUAGUAUGAACAUACAACAAUUUUAGAGAAAUGUUAACUUGGCAAUAGGACGGGAGGAACUGAGCAGUAGGGGAGAGGAAAGGAGUGACACUCGGAGCCUUGCAGAGCACCGGCUCUGCUAGCUGUCAUGGGAAGCGUGGCUGUGUGAUGUCUCAGGGUUCUGUGUGCAGUUGAGGUGUCCCUGCAGUGAGUGACUGUUCAGACAGACUUUGUGACGGUGGUGAUGUGAGCUUGGGCGGGACACCCUGAGUUGUGCUUACCUUAGCACUCCACUACCUUAACUGAUAAUUUCCCCUCGACCUCCAGCAAAAGUAUUUUUCUGAUGACGUUCUAAGGAUUGCUCAACCCCACUUAUGAGCGACACAGCUUUUACUUUGUCUUGUUUUUAGAACCUUUCUGUUAGGAAAUAAAAUCUAUUGCUUGCUUCUCAGGAGCACGUCAGGGCUCUGAAAGGACGAGGUCCACAUGAUGCCAGGUAUCAGCAGAAUCCCUGCUGGGGAUUUAGAUUCUUUGGAGAUAAUGAGCAGCGUAGAACAGGAGCAAAGGUGAGCAAAGAGCAGAGCUUCCAAGUCAAACUCAAGUAAUUUCUAGAUUUCUGGACUCCCUGCCCAGCAACCAAAGCAUCGUACUGGGCUUCUGUCCAAAAGCUAUCUUGAAAAAUAUUGUUCAGGGUGCAAAUUCAAGUGCUCCAGGGUUAAGGAAUGUCCUUGUAGCCCCAGUUGAACCUGUUUUGAAUAUGUACUCAAGGUGAAACGACUAAUUUUGUAAUUGUAUACUAUUUACUCCAGUAGCUCAGUCACAGGUACCGCACAGUGGAAGUGGUGCUGCUCUUGAGGUUUUGUCUGUUCCUUAUUCUAAGUUGUAUUGUUUUAGCCUGUCUGCAAAAACAGCAAGAGAGACAACCGUGUGCCUUGGGGUGGGAGGAGACAGGUCUCGGUAAUAGAGUCUGUAAGGUGCAUGCAGCCACUCCAUACAGAAUUUGGGAAAGUGUUGUCUCCUGAGCUGAUGAUCUGGCCUUUGCAUGCUUCAGUCCCCAGUGCCAGAGAUUAAAUAUCCAUCACGGUCUCCUUGCUCACAUGUUGUGGCAAGGUGUUCUGCUUUGCAUUAAAAAUUGAUGCUGUGCUCUAGUUUCCAGAUGACUUUCAUUUGCUUGCUGCCUGGCCCAGCACGAGCUCCUUUUCCUUCCUCCUUCCUUACCCCACGCACAUGCCACCAGCCUGCCCACAGCCAUGUCCUGCAACGGAGCAGGUGAGAACACUGUGACAACCAGGGCCCAGCUGGAGAGAAGUAGUAGUGGUUUGAAUGUCUUGUGUGCUACAGGGCAGAGCUCCAGUGGCAAACACCCCAAACUGUCACACAUGUGUGGUGGGAGGCCAGAGCUUGCUUAAGCAGCCCUUGCCCUUGGUGGUCCUGCUUCUGGAGGGCUUGAUGAUCCAACCCAAAGGUAUUCCUUUCAAUGAUUUUUGGUAUAUCAGGUCACAGACAAAGCAAAAGAAGCUAUUUGUUUUUAAAGUGAGGAGAUUCCUCUUCCUCCUGGAAGCCAUAUGGGGUUAGGAGGUGGAGUGCAGAAGAGAUCUCAUGUUUCCCACUGUGUGAAGCUCAGCAGGGCGGCUCUUUGGGAUCUGCCGAGACAAGUGGCACAUCCUGAUGAGAGGCUGCAGCAGUCACCGUUUCCCUGGUGGGAGAAGGCUCCGCUCCUCUGCACCAUUAGUCGGGUUUUUGCCCAGCUUGCUGCAUUGUCCUUUCUGUCGGGAUUCAUAGGGUCAGCUCUGUGGUUUGCUAGAGCCGCAGUCCCUGCAUUGGCACUCUCUCCAGCCAGGGCACAGGCGGCCUGGCUCAACAGGGUAUUGUUUAUCCCACCCAGGAAUGUGCAGGCGAGCAAGGACCUCCAGGAGCUUACAGAGCAACACGUUCUGCUCUGAGCAGGGGGAGUGACUGGGGGUAGCGGCAGCUCUGAAGGCUGGUGUGAGCGGUCAGGGCAUGCUCGUGUGCAGGCAGUGUCCUACCCUUGAAGUGCGGAUGAGGACUGUGCUGGCUGUGCAGAUGCAGUGGGGUAAGGAGGAGGGAAGUCCAGAUUUGGAGACCACGGGGAGGAACAGAGGAAAAGGGUAGGAAUGCCUCCGCAUGUAGUUAGUAAGCUUCUGUUCUUGACACAAUGGCAUGAGAAGCCAAGUGUCACUCCUGGUUUCUUCCCACUGCAUAUUAGGUACCAAUCCUGCAGCAGUGAGAGCUGCAGCAGAUCUCUUGUCGAAGCUAGACCCAGCAGCUGGAGGGUGCACUGAAUGGGGCCAAGGGGCAUCUCUGUCUCUGGGGGUGGAUUGUGUUUUCAGUGAACAGGCAUUGAGCUAUAUAUAAUGAGUGGAAGGAGGCAUGAAAAGACCUAGGUGAAAUGCAUGGCAUUUUUCAAUUUUAAAAAAAGAUCACUGGCAGUAUUUGUUUAAUAUUUUUAAUAUUAAUUUAUUUAAUCAUUCUGCAACAGACUUGGCUUUUGUGCAUUUCUGGGAAUCUGACUCCUUCCUGGUCUACCGCUCAGGCAGGCUCUAAGGUUUUUAUAGAGAUUGAAACAUCUGCUGCACAAGAAUCCACUUGUCCCUCUUGUGCAAACCAAGUGUGCCUGUGGAAGCCCACACUGCACGUUUUGGUCUGCUUGGUGAAAUGUUAGUUUUUCGGUUACAGUGCUGUCAUGCUGACCAUAGCCAGUUUGAACAGCGCUGCUUCUUGAGUGAGAAGCGGAAAAGUAUUAUUUAGAGGGAAGCAAGUGGUGAUAGCGCCUGUGAAGUUUGGUUUUCCUGCUAAAUUUGUGGCACCUAUCCAUUACUGCUUUUUAUCUCAUGAUCUGAUCAGCGCUUUGGGUAUACCACCGGAUUAGCUGUCUGCAAACCCUUUGGGUCUCUCCUUUUACUGGGGCUAAUACUUUUUGUAAUCAGCCUAAAAUGGUCUCUUCAUCUUGCUGCCUUCUCUUUUAAGUGCUUGAAAUCCUUGCUUCAGCACCUUUCAGCAAAAACAGGGAAGACAGAACUCCCAUUUCUAAAGUACAGAAACUCAUCAGAGACUCUUGCUCACCCUUACCAUCAAAAAGAUGCAAAAAGGGCAUUUAUAUCACCAUCUUCAGUAGCUCUGCUUCCAUUUAUGUGAUGGCACUUUGAGCAAGUGCCUGACGAUUAUUCGUGGUGCUGGUGAGUCCAUUAUUUGAGACUUCUUACCCUGCCUAAUUUCAACUGCAAAAAGAGAAGAGGGAUACAAGAAGUUGUCAGAGUCAGCGUGUAAAUGCCUUCUCGUGGCUGCUGUGGCUUGAUACAGUCUGUGCUGACAGUCUCAAAACAAUACUGUAACAGAGUUAAUAGCCGUCAUUUCAUUCUGGUUCCUCCUUUCAUCAGCCCACACUGGACCAGACACGCUCCAGAGCUAAUGGCGAAAUGGGAUAGGCAGUCUUCCAUGGAGGUAAUGUUAAUGUGUGCUGAGCGUGCAUGCAGGCAGGCUGGGGGGAGUGAUUAAUGCCCUGGGAAUCCACUCUCGGCCUUGCUGCACAAUGCUGUUGUGUCAGGCCUGGAGCUUGGCACCAGGCAGGCUGCCGUUGGGCGCCAGGAACACGUUACCUAGUUUGUGCAGGAUCAGGCAGCAAGACAGAGACAGCGUGUUCUCGGCGGGGCUAGUUCGCUGCUGCGCUGCAGCUUCAUACUUGCACGGUGAGGCUCUCUUUGGAUGCGGGUCUGCUGCUAGGCGGGGGCAGGAGUCCUGCAGUUCGCAGUUCUGACCUCCACCAGCGUGAAGUCCCCGUGUUUGCUCAGUUGUGGAGGAGCCCUCCCUCCCUUCCCCUGGCAGGCAGGGAUCACCCGUCCCUGAGGUGAGAGGGGAUGGUGCUUGUCCAGCCGUCAGGAGCCGUGACUCACUGGGGAUGGAUCACAGGCGGAGCCCGGCUCUCCCUGCAAUCUGCUCUUCCUGCUGGAGCCUCUGUGUGAGCUGUUGCUGAAUGUUUGUUUUCACCAGAUCUGGGGUGGAUCUGGGAGAAGCUCGGGUCCACCGUUAAGCCUGAAGAGCUGGACUCAGUAAUACUGUUUCCUGUCUGGAAGGUGCUGGGAGGCUUCCUUCUCCAGGUGGGCGUUUGGAGAAAACGUUGGCAGGCAGCACACCAUGGAGUAAGGCAAGGCCAAGGUCCUGGAAAACGUAAUAUUUUGUGUUCAAUUCAUGUUACAGAGCAGGCAAACCCCACAAGACUGAUUCACUGCUGUCAAAUGCAGGGGCAUACUGUCUAGACUCAGAUGGAGUCAGGGAGGGAUCCUGCUCUUCUCAGUACUGCUGAGGGAACAUGAGCUUGUUGGGAUUCUUUUUUUGGCACUUUCAGAAGUUACUUCAUGCUUUCUUACCUCAUGGGCUGGCUCUCAGGGAAUGCUUUUCACAUGAAUACGUUAGUGCCCGUGUUUUAUUAUAACUGCAAUUAAUAUAUACAUGGUGGAACAAUUGCAACCCUGCCUGCCCUUCUUGAUCUUCUGUCUCAUUGGAAAAUCUUGUACAUUUUAAUGAAUGAGUCCCCAGAGCUGCAGGUGAGUUAAGGAAGUGACACGGCUGUUUUCAGGGGCAGGAUCUGAGCCUCAGGCAGUGGGAGGGCCGGAUCCUCAGCCCCAGUGACUGCAGCAAAGCCAGGGUUUGGGUCAGCAGCGCACAUGCUGCAAUCCUUGCACUUCUCAGCCCACUCUUAUGUUACACCUUUGGCAGAAGAAAUGCAAGAAAUCACACUGUAUUAUCAUGUGCUCCUGGAGAAACCAACGCGAGGCAGCAGUUAUGCCUGUAACAUUUUUUUCCUCCUUUGUCCGGUGUGGCUGUGAAGUUUGCAUAUUCAGAGUAUGCCAAGGAUUUCUAGGACCUUGAGCUCAGUCGUGCCCUGUGCCGUGAGAGUUGGCAGCCUGUCUGCGGGGUGGAGGGCAGCCCCAGGCGCCUGCAAGGGGCUGCUACUGCUGCGCCUGUUGCUGCUGCUCUCCUGUUCCCAUCAGAGCAUGCAGCAGCACGUCCCAGCCACCCCACCUCGAACAGCGCAAGGCUCCUUCCUUGUCUUUAGUAUUUCCAAGCUAAUUGAUGGCUCUUCCAUCUUUUUCCCAGCUCCACAUGGUCUUGUUUUUAAUACUGUUACUCCUUCUGCCUCAGUAGGUUCCUGCUACCCUGAAUUGCAGCUCUUUGUGCUCCUGAUUCACUCCAGUCCAUUCAUCUCUUUUUGGUGGCAAAGUGCUGUCGGCUGCUGGAUAUUGGGCUCUUUGUUUGUACAGCCAGCACAACGCUGGUGACAAAGGGACAGCCUGUGCCCCAAGGAGCCCACGUGCUACGGGGAAGACAGUGAAGAGCAAUAGGAGUGACAGACGGGACAGCAGAGGAGGUGAGUCGGACUGGAUAAACAGAGCAGUCCCGUCAGCAGAAAGCCUUUCCCUGGCUGGGUCCCCCACUGGCACUCUCACUGGAAGUUGGCUGCACCUCGUCAGCGGGGAUGUUUUUCUCCUCCCUCUGUUAGCUUCCCCUCUUCCUGACUCUCCGGGGCUCAGCCUUAGGCACUGAUCCACCUUCAGACCCCGCGCAAUGGAGGCUGGCUCCGUGGUACGAGCAGUCUUUGAUUUCUGUCCCAGCGUCUCUGAAGAGCUGCCCCUCUUCGUGGGAGAUGUCAUCGAGGUACUGGCCGUGGUGGACGAGUUCUGGCUCCUCGGCAAGAAGGAAGGUGUCACAGGGCAGUUUCCUAGCAGCUUUGUGGAACCUGUGGAUAUUCCCCCUUUGAAGCAGGGAGAAAAACUGUUUGUUUGUACCAGUGACUUCACAUCUCAAGAGCCAGGGAGCUUGUCAUUGCAGAGAGGAGAUCUGGUGAUCCUGGGUGGGUCCCUGGCCUCCAGCUGGCUCCAGGGCCGAAGCAGCUGGGGUUCCAAGGGGUUUUUCCCCUCAUCAUGUGUGCGGGAGCUGUGCCUUUCAGUUCGGAGCCGUCAGCUGUCCCAGAGCGCUCUCCUGGAGGUGCCUGCCUACUCACUGGGCCAAGCCCGGGCCCUGAUGGACCUCUCUGCUCAGCUGGAGGAGGAACUGGACUUCAGGGAAGGGGAUGUGAUCAACAUUGUUGGUGUCCCAGAACCUGGCUGGUUUGAAGGUGAGCUCAGAGGCCACAGGGGCAUCUUCCCAGAGGGUUUUGUGGAACUGCUUACUCCUCUGCGAACGUCAGGAACCUCAGUGGAUCCAGAGCCCACAGGGAUUUGUGACACCAAUGGGACAGUGGAGAUGCCCCACAAGGAGGAGGAGGAGGAGCCAGGGAGCACUUACGGUGUUGCCCUCUAUCAGUUCCAAGCCCUGGAGUCCAAGGAACUGGAUUUUGAUGUGGGUGACAGGAUUCGGAUCAUAGGCAUUCUGGAGGAUGGCUGGCUGGAGGGGGAGCUGAGGGGGAAACGUGGCAUCUUUCCACACAGAUUUGUGAGGCUGGAAGUGUCUGAGGCUUGCAGGGAAAAGGCAGGUGCUGGGGAUCCCCAAGGUGGAGGCAGCUGUGGAGUGACCAUCCAUCAAGACUCGGAAAGCACCUGCUCCAAAGCUCUUCCUUUGCCAGGGAAAGAUGGCAGGGACAAGGAGGAUGGCUCGGCUGCACACCCUGAGCCUGACGCCAUUUUGUCUCACAAGGCAGGGAUGUCAGAGGGUCCUCUUGGCACUGACUUGAGACAGCAUCAGGCCUUUCCCAGCACAGGACACCAAGAGCCAUGUCCCAAAGGCACAGCAGACUCCAUCCCCUUUGACCACACGAAGACGGUCAAUGGCCUUCUCCCCUCUGCUCAGCUGCCUCCCCAAGGGGGCAACAGACCUGGCCAAGCCAAUGAGUUGGAGCCUGGGAGGACCGUUUCAGCCUCCCCAGGAAACUCAGAAACUCACACCCUGCCUGAGCAUGAUGGAGACAGUCCCACUGUACCCUCGCAGGCACCCCACUCCCCCCGAGAUCCUUGCAGGAGCCAGACGAUUUCUUCUCCCAACAGUUGGGCAGCAUCCGAGCCCCAGGAGAGCCAGAGCAGUGGCCAGGACGUGGAUGAUUGGGUGGAUGGUCAACAGGAGAAGUCCAAACCCUGUUCCUCCAGCUUGGGAGCUGCCCAGGUGGGCUUGGACACAUGGGCUGGGAGCUGGGGGGAAUGCUGCCCGCUCACAGUGCAGGGGGACAGCUGCACAGACCUCGACUCCAAACUGACAGAACAACUGGCACAGUUUGAGAAGAGUCUGUCGAGUACCGGCUCUGAGCAAGACAAGGUCUCCCGCCACUUCUCUAUCUUGGACUACAGCUCUGAGAAGGACAUUGUCCGUGGGUCUCCUGAGUGUGUCCCCCAAGUCAGGCAGCCAGAGAGGAGGAAGGCCCUGAGGCCACCUCCUCCUCGGCCCAGCAGCCUUGCAACAACCCCUGUGCACACGCUGGGUGGCCAGGUGCCCAAAAGCAGAUCUCUGUCCUUCUCGGUCAAGCCCUCCCGGCCUGCGCCCCGGCCUCCUUCAAGCAACCAGCGGAAAAACGUGACCCCUGUGCAGCUUCAGCCCAGCACUCAGGAGCAGCGGGUGGAGGAGGGACGUGAGGACUUGACACAGGCAGGAUCAGCUUCCCCCAACUCCAUUCUGCUGACAAGGAUCAGAGAGGUAGAGCGAGACCUGGAGGCUUAUGGCAAGACCCGCGCUGAACUAAGCCUGAUGCUGGAGGAGCAGCAGGAUGAGCUGGUGAGAGCAGAGACCCUGGAAAACCUUGAUUUCUGUGACUCCAACAUUGAGAGCCUCAGCGUGGAGCUGCAGGAGCUGAGAGAGAUGACUCUCCUGUCCUCCCAGACACCAUCCCUGGAGACCUCCUCGGCUGCCACUGAGAGCCCAGAGCAAAGGAUGCUGGAGAAGAGGUCCAAGGUUAUUGAGGAGCUGCUCCAGACAGAGCGGGACUAUAUCCGAGACCUGGAGAUGUGCGUGGAGAGGAUCAUGGUGCCCCUGCAGCAGGCACAGAUGCAGAACAUAGACUUUGAGGGUCUUUUUGGAAACAUCCACGUGGUAAUUAGCUUCUCCAAGCAGCUGCUGUCCACCUUGGAGGCUUCAGAUGCCAUCGGGCCAGUGUUCCUGGCACAGCGUGAAGAGCUGGAGAACGUCUACAGGGUGUAUUGCCAGAACCAUGAUGAGGCCAUUGCACUGCUGGAAACCUAUGAGAAGGAUGAGAAGAUGCAGAAACUACUCCUGGAUCUGCUGGAUAGCCUCAGGAGCCUGUACAGUGAGUGGGGCUGCACAAACUACAUUAACCUGGGCUCCUUCCUCAUCAAGCCAGUGCAAAGGGUGAUGAGGUACCCACUGCUCCUGAUGGAGCUACUGAGCGCCACACCCGAGGCUCACCCUGACAAGGCACCACUCACAGCUGCUGUCCUCGCAGUCAAAGAAAUCAACGUCAACAUCAAUGAAUACAAGCGCCGGAAGGACCUGGUGCUAAAGUACCGGAAAGGGGAUGAGGAUAGCCUCAUGGAGAAGAUCUCCAAGCUCAACUUCCACUCUAUCAUCAAGAAAUCCAACCGUGUGAGCAGCCACCUCAAGCAUCUCACAGGCUUUGCACCCCAGCUGAAGGAUGAAGCCUUUGAAGAGACAGAGAAACAUUUCCGGAUGCAGGAGCGGCUGAUCAAGUCCUUUAUCCGGGACCUUUCCCUCUACCUGCAGCACGUUCGAGAGUCGGCUUGCAUGAAGGCGCUGGCAGCAGUGAGCAUGUGGGACCUGUGUACAGAGAAGGGCAGUGGGGACUUGGACCAGUUCCAGAAAGUGAAUCGGCUCAUCAGUGACCAGCUCUUCUCCAACUUCAAAGAACGGACAGAGCGACUGGUGAGCUCGCCCCUGAACCAGCUGCUGAGCAUGUUUGCGGGGCCCCACAAGCUGGUGCAGAAACGCUUUGACAAGCUCCUUGACUUCCACAACUGCACGGAGCGAGCGGAGAAGCUGAAGGACAAGCGAACACUGGACGAGCUGCAGUCAGCCCGCAACAACUACGAGGCCCUCAAUGCCCAGCUGCUGGACGAGCUGCCCAAGUUCCUGCGCUUUGCCAAGGAGCUGUUUGCCAGCUGUGUGCGGGGCUAUGCUGAGGCACACUGCGACUUUGUGCGCCUGGCCCUGGAGGAGCUGAGACCCCUGUUGUCGUUGCUGAAGGUGUCUGGCAGGGAGGGGAACCUCAUUGCCAUCUUCCAGGAUGAGCACAGUCGAGUCCUCCAGCAGCUCCAGGGCUUCACCUUCUUCCCAGAGUCCCAGGCAGCUCCCAAGAAGCCUUUUGAAAGGAAGAGUGUGGAGCGGCAGUCCGCCCGGCGGCAGCCCCUUGUCGGCUUGCCUAGCUACCUCCUGCAGUCAGAUGACAUUCGAGCUGCCCUCCUGGCCCGCUAUCCCCCAGACAGUCUCUUCCAGGCAGACCGCAAUUUCAAUGCUGCCCAAGACCUGGAUGUCUCACUGCUGGAAGGAGACAUCGUGGGUGUCAUCAAGAAGAAGGACCCCAUGGGCAGCCAGAAUCGCUGGCUCAUAGACAACGGGGUGACCAAGGGCUUUGUGUACAGCUCCUUUCUGAAGCCCUACAACCCGCGCCGUAGCCAGUCAGAUGUCUCUGUGGGCAGCCACUCUUCUAACGAGUCAGAGCACAGCAGCUCCUCUCCCCAAAGCAACACCACGCUGACCUUCAGCCCCAGCGGGGCGGCCAUCACCUUCACUCAGAAACCCCAGCAGGACUCGGUCUCCCCAGCAGACCCAUACCAGUCCCCGCAGCACCCCUCAGAGACGGACUGCCCCUCUCUGCCCCAGCUUGGCUCUGGUGACAGGACAGCCCCGCUGGAGGCUAGUAUGGUGAUGUCUCAGCGCCGCUACAGUCGCCCCGAGCUGGGCUGCAGCCCUGGCUCUCGCAAUGGUCACCCUGCCAAAGCGCAUCUCAGGCCUGCGCCCUCAGUGGAGGACAGAGACUCUGGGCUGGAGAGCAGUGAGUCAGAGGGCAACCAGGUCUAUUACGCUCUCUACACUUUCAAAGGCCGCAACACCAACGAGCUGAGUGUGUCAGCUAACCAGAGACUCAGGAUCCUGCAGUUUGAGGACAUCACGGGCAAUCGGGAGUGGUGGCUGGCUGAGGCGCAUGGGAAGCAGGGCUAUGUGCCCUCCAGUUAUAUCCGGAAGACAGAGUACACGUGAGGUGGCAGGGAGAAGCCUGCACCCUGUGCCUUGUUCCUGCCAGCACUGCCAGGGGCCUCGGGGAGGCUGACCAGCCCUGCAGCCCCCACUGCUUGCCCUGAGGCUGCAUCCCUCGCAGCCCUGCAGUGCUCCUGGGCCCCACCACACUGGCUGCCACCUCCCCUUCUGGGGAGGAAGAAGGGUGGGCUGGCAGGGCAGGCAGGAGCAGCUUGUGUGAGGGCAGGGAUGAGUUCACCUGGGCUGUUUGAGCCUCCUGUGUCCAGCCAGGAGCAGGGAAGCAAAGCUUGGGGCCAUGGCCCUGGAGGGUAAGGCUCAACCAAGGCUGAGGAGCUGCUGUGAGUUUAAAUUGUGGAAGGCUAACACUGAGUUUCUGGAGUCCAGCUUUAGCCAAGUAGUGUGAAAAGCAACCCAGGCCCUGUGAAUGUGCUCCCUGUGCCUUCUCGGCAGCAGCAGCAGGAGCCUGGUCUCAUCUGUCUGUGCAGGACCUCAGGGUGGGACAUCUACACACUGCCUGGGGAAGCAGCUCUGAGGUCCACUGGGAGCAGCUGAGCUCCAGGGCUGGGAUGGGCCCAGCCUCUGAAAGCCCCCAUGGCAGGGUCCCUAGCGGGUGCUUCAUCCCCAUGCUGGAUCUCCCAGGGCCUCGGGCCUUUCCAAGUUCUGCUGCUAGCAGCAGCCAUCGGGUUCUCAUCUUCCAGGUGUCUCCAGUGCCCAAGACCUGUCUGCACUGACAUGCCCACCUGGCUGCUCUGGAGUGGGGCAGGGCAGAAGGCAAAGCACAGGCUGUCCUCCAGCCUGAUUUUUUGGGAGGCUCUGACCAGGACUGCCUCACCUGCGCUUUCCUGCAGGGCACUGGAGAUGGUGCUGAUGUUCUGGGAGGGCAAGACCCUCCCCAGGAGGGAUGUGGUGCCCUUUGCCAGGGUGGUGUGUCUUGCCUGCUGCUGCCGUGUCCUGAAGGAGGGAAGCUCCCUUCUCUUGGGACAAUAUUUGUAUCCCCUGUACUGCUGCUCUGUAAAUAAAGAUUUGCCCUUGUGUA